GCAGGAGUGCCGCAGGCGGAGGGCACGCGGUCCCCCUUCUGGAGAGCCGGAGCCCCGUCCACAGGGCCACUCGCAGGAUGGGCCUCAGCGCGGUCCUCUUGGUCUUGGCGCUCCAGGCCGCAAGGCUGGCAUCUGCAAUGGAGACCCCCAGCCAGGACCUCACUUUCCGGGUGGGAGACAAGGCCACAUUCUCACUGGACAUUCUGCAGAUGUUCAACGACUCCAACCUCCUCUGGAGAUCUUCCUCAAGGGGUUCCAUGGAGGCUGUGGCCGCGUGGAAGGCAGGCAACCCACUCGAAGUCCUGAGUCGGCAUUAUUCGCGAAGGGUCACCUUCCAGGAAAGCAGCUGGGCUCUGGAAAUCCACAACCUGAGCCAAGCCGACGGGGGCUUCUAUCAAGUGGUGCACCUCCAGGACCCUUCAGAAGUCAUGCUCAAGAAAUACACCCUGGUCGUAUUCCAAAUCAGCAGCAAGGCAACCAUGUCGGCCAAUGGCACCUGCAGCCUCUCCCUGCUGUGUGAGGCAGGGGCAGGGGCAAAGGCCCAGGUGAAGUACAGCUGGGGUCCCGGCCAGAAGGGCCCAGAACUCCACCUCAACCUCCAUCCCGCCGAUAAGGACAAAUCCUACACUUGCACGGCCAGCGCUCUCGGAACUCAGCACUUCCUCAGAGUCACCCCCUACGAGGCCUGCUCUUCCGCAAGCAGAGCUGCAGGACUCCUGGGGCCCUUCCUCCUCGCCCUCCUGCUCCAGCUGCUGUUCUGGUGACCCGGCGGCCUACCUGGCAGGGCUGGCCUCACCUCCUCUCCUGGCAAGAACCUGAUCCCGUCAAGAGGAAGGCGGCCCCGUCGGGAUGCAAGACGAGCCUUCCCUGGAAAACAGUGUUACGCUAAUGGGACAGACUUUUAACUUGCCUGCACAUCUCAGGUGACCCUCCCCCCUUGGCAUUUGAUGGCAUUUGAGGGGGGGGGGCUCUCGCACAAAGCGAGACGCAAAUGGUGCUGGGGGUGGGGGUCAGGAUUUCACCUGUACUCAGUGCUUUUUGCAGCCGGACGUAGCAGCCCUGUACUGUAAUCCCAAAGAAGGAGCCUUCCGUGGGGCAGAUGGGCUCUGGGGGAGGGGUGGGGGGAGGAGGGCAGAAUGGGGUGGGGUGUGUGAAAAGGAGCUAUUUUCGCAUAAUGCAACUGGCGUGGCGGGUCUUCUGUGAAGGGAAGUCCCCGGCCUGUCCAGCAGAUGGCGCUGAGAAACUGCGGAGACUCACCGGAUAUCUGAGCCUGCUUCAUGGCUGGGCGUUCCUAUGUGAUUGUGUUGCAGCCCAGCCCUACCCGGCUGUGCAUGGAACUUCCAGUGUUGUGGAUUUGCAACAUGCACCAAAAGGGGACAGACUGCCCCCCUCCACCCACAGCCCAUAUAUUUGCUUGUGUUGCUUUGGCCUCGUGAGGGAAGUCCUUGCCCAACCCCCACAGCCUUCCUUCUGUUUGUAGUUUGACUGGUAGACUACCGAUUUUGUCCCCAUAUCCUUUUGCUAAUAAAUGGAUGUUAUUUUGAACACA